AUGAUAUUUAUAUUUUAUAUCACCAUAUUUUUUAGUAUUUUUAUUUAUUCAUUACAACUGAAUAUUCAUUUUCUUGUUGCAUACACUUUGAAACUAAUAGGAAGAACAAAUUAUUUUAUAUAUAGAGGUCACAAUUAUGGUGAUUUAAGUCACAUGUUAGCAGGAAUCAAAUCUAAUCAUCCUGAAGUAAAUAAAACUUUAUUAUUGUUUCAAUUAAAAGGAAUAUCUGCAAAUCAAAAAUUUAAACACUUUACAAAUAAAUAUCAAAAGUUAAAAGGAACCAAAUUAGAAGACUACAUUCUUAAAAAAGAUGAUGUUGUGUUAGAAAAAUAUUCACAUCGUAACAAAAUUUUGUAUGUUUGUAAUAAAAAUACUUUUCAAAGUUAUAAACAACUUCUUCAAUAUGUAAAAGAAUUGCAAUUAUAUUCUACUUUUCAAAUACCAGAAAGACUUUUAGGAACAAAUCUUUUGAGCAACAAAAUAUGGCACAAGGUUUGGGAUGGUUGCAAUUAUCAAUGUUUUUCACAAAGAGAAUUUGAUUUAAUGAAAUUAAAAUUCCUCUUAGAAUUAAAUUUAUACAGAAGAUUAAGUAGUUUAACACAACUUAUAAUGAACCGUAAGUUAUCUGAUCUUGCUCAAAAAAGUUCUGUUAUGUUGUCUAAACUUAAACUAAUCACACUUUCUGCUAUUAAAAAUUCUGAAUUACAUGAUUCUAUGAGUAUUGGAACGAGUCCUUUAUUAUUCAAAAGAUGGUUUGACAAAUCAAAAUCUAAUGAAAAUUCAAAAAUUUCAAGACUAACAAAUAAAUACUCUAUUUUAUUACAAAAAAAAUGGAGUAUGAUUGGUAUUGGUGUUACCAAAAAAGAAAAUAAAUUAUAUAUUGUUGUUAUUUUUAAGUAA